AUUAAUUAAUAUCAAAAUUUGGAAAAUUUUGCAUUGGGCCACUUUUCUGUGAAACAGUUGGUAGGGUUUAUUAUUUUCACACUCACUCUACUCUACUCUCCCCCCAUUUUCCAAAAUCCAGCUCCCUCACUUUAAUCUACUCCUCCCCAGAUUCUGCUCUCUGGCUUUGCUGUUGAUAUCUAAGUCAUGCAAGCUGGCAAGGUUGGCUGGGCUGGGCAAGCAUUUGCACUUGCCUCCAGCAAUGACUCAGGUGGGAAGAAGACACGAGUUAGACGGUCAAAAGAGGAGAGGAAAUCGAUAGCUGAGUCAUUCAUAAAGAAAUAUCAGAAUUCGAAUGAUGGAAAUUUCCCAUCCCUCAACCUUACACACAAAGAAGUUGGUGGUUCUUUCUAUACAGUCAGGGAGAUUGUUCGAGAGAUUAUUCAAGAAAAUCGAGUCUUAGCUCCUCCAAAAGUGUCUCCUGAAGAAAAUGGCCUUUCUGGAUUCUUGGAACAGCACCCGUUAGGAUCUAUCUCAAUGGAACCAAUUAUUGAUAGAGGUGAUGCGGUAACACAUGUUGAAGCCCAACGAAAUUCAAUUUUUAAGUGCAGACAAUGUUCCACCUCUAGUGAGUCUUAUGAGUUGGCUGACAAAGAUGGAGGUUCUAAUCGAACAAGUGAAAGCCAUCAUCUACCUAAUCAUUAUCAUGAUGAAAGCAUGGAAGAGGUUUCAAACUCACCUCAAAUGAAAAGCCACAAAUUUGAGGAAAAUAUUGUGAAUGGAUUUGUGGUGGCUGAUCAUCACAAAGAUAUUGAUGAGGGACGACGGGGUCAAAUGCUUAAUAACGAGCAAUAUCAUGUUAAGAACAAUCAGACAGUUGACAAGGACAAAGAAUUUGGGGAAAGAAUAUAUACUGAGCCCACAGCAAUCAAGACUCUGAAUCAAGAGAAACUCGAAGCUCAUAAUGUAGAAUUGUCUCGACCUUUCAAAUCUCAUACGUACUCUGAUAUUGUGGUGGAAACAUUUCCGCUGAGGCCUGUACCUACAACAAUUGACAAAAUGGCGGAAGAAUCUGGUGAACAACAAGAGGCAGUUGAAAUGUUGGAAGAUAAGGGAACGGCUCAAGAAAAGAAUACAUUUACGCAGAGCUCUUCUAGUUUUGUCAAUGACAAAGGUGACAAUGUGCCUCCACAUUCGACUGCGGAACUGAAUGGUGAAAACAGGGAUGCAGAAGUGGUGCAAAUUCUUCAAGGCCCAUCAAUGGAAACUGCCAAACAUCCAUCAGCAUUCAAAACCAGUGAACUUGAUGCAGGUGACAUUGGAGAGCUUGAAUCUAAGGCUUCCUUGCUCGAUGGAGCUGAGGCCAGUAGUACUACCAAAACGUUGAUCUCUGAGGACUCCAGCGCAGCAGUUGUAGGAAAAUCCAGUGAUCGAGAUAAUAGCAGUGUGGCAAAGGGAAACAAUCCCACACUCGACAGAAUUAAUCUUGAAACUUGGGAUGGAGCAGCCAAGAAAUCUCCUCAACCUGAAAGUAAUCCUCUCCUGGCAUUAGUGAAGGCGAUUAUCUCUUCGUUUGUGAAGUUUUGGACCGAAUAAUUCUUUCUCUUUUUCGAGUUCUCCUUUGAAACAGGCCUUUUAGAUAUUUGUGGUGGUUUGAUACUUCAUGAGUAGCUGUUUGUUGCUAGUUAUAUAGCUUGGAUUGAAGAAGAUGGUCUGUUUUUUCUUUGUGGGAUUAUUUUCUUUGCCAAGUUAGAAUAGGCGAUGUUUGUUUGUUAUUCCAUAUAAGGCAAUAUACAAGACUUUGGCUGUGUUUCUCUGU